UCUUUUUCAACAAUAAUGCGGUUUGGUUGCCAUCACGCUGCAACCAAAGUUAAAGGCAACAAGACGGCUACAACAACAACAAGAACACCAAGCACAAGGCCAGCGACAGUGGCAGCGAGAAGUCUGGCAACAAGUCAUCACCAAAGGCAUCGGCGCCACUGGAGCCAUCAUCAUCAUCAUCAUCGGCGGCAGGACAAUGCGGAUAUGUGGUCCAAUCGCCUGUUACCGCUGCUGCUGCUGCUGCUGCUGUUCCAAUUCACAUGCUUGCCACAUGCCACACUCGCGAUGGCCACGAUUGCAGCCACAGCUCACGGUGGCCUAACCGUAAUCGAGGGUUCCAGCACCAUCACCACCACCACCACCACCAUCAUCAGUCGCAGUACAAGCACAACCUCCCCAUCACCAUCUCCAACCCUCUCUUCUUCGUCAUCAUCGUCUUCGUCGUCGUCAUCUUCCUCGUCGUCGUCGUCGUCGUCGUCUGUGGUCUUAGCUGGACUUGCGCGCAAGCGACAUCGCAAGCGCAACAGCAGCUGGGAUGAUUAUCGCAACUACAAUGAGAAUACCACGGCUCUCGAGUGGAUGAAUCCUUGCGGCGGAUCACACAUUCCGCCCACAUAUCACGCCACAUCCACGGCCAAUCAACGACGUCGCGCCCAUCGUCCCAAGGAGAUCUUCAAAAUACUGCAGCGCAAUGCUGGCACGGAAUAUCGCACGCUCAACAAUAGCCACGAUCACAAGGGCAUCGAUAUACGGGACAUGCAGAUGUGGUCGCUGCAUAAUCCCAACUACAAGUUUUUGCCCAAGCUCAAGCCCAAUUCAACGAUCGCUUUGAAGCGUUGGUAUCGCAACAUGCAGACUUAUGUGGCCAGCUUUGCUUACUUGCGUCGCAUCCAGAUCAGUUGGGAUCGUCAUUACUUGAAGCGCGAGUCGCCGAUGGCCAAGGAGCUGAGGGAUCUAUUGAUCAGCUCACGGAGCAUGCUCUGUGAACUUGAGACGGCCGUUAACAACACGUAUCCGGCGAUGGCGCCGGGCCGGUCAACGUCGAUGAAGCAGCAACGUCGCCAAACGCCGCAAUUGCCACAAAUAUCGCGCAGCGAUAUGAACAAACGUCUCAAGCUGCGCAGCAAGCGUCGUCCAGGUGCUGCCGCUGUGGCAGCAGCAUCAACUGCAACACUUGCAACCACAGCAAGUGCAAGUGCAACGGCAGCAUCGAACAUGCAAUUGGUGGAAGCCGAUGCGAUUGAUGUGCGAUUUGUGAAGCAUCAUUAUUAUGAAUUUCUGCGCACCAUGUGGCAGCUGCUGCGACGCGACAGCAAGCGUGUGCGUCAGCAGCGACGCCAGCGCAGCCAGCAGCAGCGGCAGCGACAGCGCCAACAGCUGCAGCUGCAGCAGCAGCAGCAGCAGCCAUCACAGUCGUCGCAGCAACAACAGCUGUGGCAGCAACAACAGCAGCAGCAGCAGCAACGGCAACGGCAGCAGCAGCGGUUGCAGCUUUCGCAGCUGGCUGCCAAUAAUGCUGGCGGCGGCAACCGCAAAGAGUUCAACGAGGUCUCCAAACCGUCGCUCGAUGCCAGCUCAGCAUCGCAGUCAGCUGCAGCCUCAGCUUCAGUCUCGGGCAGACGUGGACGUGGCAAGCGCCACCAGCAGCCAUCAACGUUGUCAUCAUCGUCAUCUGCGUCAAAGUUAACGUCAGCGUCAGCGUCAGCGUCAGCGUCUCUGUCUGCAUCAGCGUCGCCGCGUGCUGCGCACGUGAAAAACACACAAAACAAACACAAGUGACAAACGGAACAACAACAACAA